AUGCCUUCAAAUAUUUCUCUACUGAUUGAUGAGUUUGUUUGCCAUAGGCUUAUUAUGCAAGGCUCUGGUGAUGCCGUAUGUGCUUCCAUUUCGCCAGAUCAACAAAUCCUUGAUGUUGGCACCGGAAUAGGUGUCAUAGAGUUGUAUGAAAUUAGCGAACCCAUUGCACUUAUUCAUUAUGUUUCCUUACAUGAUUGGGGAUAUUCAAUGGAUGAUACUGGUGCGGUUAGUUCUAUUUCAUGGACACCCAAUAGUUCUGCUUUUGCAGAUGGAUGGAAAUUAAGAGGGCUUACCGUUUGGUCUAUCUCUGGUUUUUGUUUGAUGUCUACAAUCCGUCAAAUUGGUUUAAAUUCUGUGUCAUCUCCAGGGGUAAAGCAAAACCCAGAUGGAAAUUAUGAACCUUUAAUGAGUGGGACCUCAUUUAUGUAG